AUGUCGCUCGUCAAUCUCGCACACGUCUGUUCACAUCUUUCAAAUGCCAGCAAGGCUCGACUGGCUCUAACGUCCAUCCCGAAUUCGAAUCUUCAUCUUGCGCUCUCCAAUGCCCUUGUCGAGGCCGGGUUCUUGUCAUCUGUCGUUCGAGGAGGACCAACACCACCACCGCAGCACAUGUUGCUGAAUAUACCUGCAGUCAAUGACGAAUUAGAACCAAUCGAACCAGUGACCCAAGCCAAUAUUGCGUCAAGAAGACUAUGGCUGGGCCUCAAGUACUGGCAGAGCCAGCCAGUGCUCUCCAAACUAUCAAUGGUCAGCAAGCCUACUCGCCGGAUAUACGUGGAUACAGAAGCAUUGCGGGACAUUGUCAGAGGGUCAAAGAGCCGCACAAUCGCUGGGUUGAGGAACCCUGGUGAAUGUUUGUUCCUGAGCACAGAUUGUGGGAUUCUAGAGUCACGGCAAUCACUUGAUCCGCCCUUUCAGUUGAAUGUACUAUUAUCUCUCUCUCUCUCUCUCAAACUGCGCCAUGUCUUAAUUGUCUUCAGGGAAAGCUACAAUGCACUAACCCCAGUUGGUAAGAACACCAAGAGUCAUAAGACACUCUGGCCUGACUUUCUCUUCUUACCUGCCGAAAUGCCCAUUCUUUUACUCCGUAUCCCCGUUUUUAUGUAUCUAGCAGCUUCUGCCAAUGGCAUUUUUAUCGAGUUUAUCUUGGCUGCUGAUUGGCUGAUUUUUCUCCUCCACCCUGAAAGCCAAAAAUAUGCUCGCGAACCGGCGAGGCAAAAAGGGAAAGCUCGCUCACCCCCAAGCUCGGCGCAAGUCAAGGUGAAUGCAUUAUCUCGAUUGCAACGGAGAUAA